AUGCGCAAUACCCUCGACCACUGCUACUCUAACUUCCACGAUGCAUACAAAGCCCUCCCCAGCCCUCCCUUCGACAAAUCCGACCACGACGCCAUCUUGCUCCUUCCGUCUUAUAGGCAGAAACUCAAACAGGAUGUACCAGUGAUGAGAACCAUUAAACGCUGGUCCGACCAAUCAGAAGCCAUGCUUCAAGAUUGUUUUGAUCACGCGGACUGGAAUAUGUUCCAGUCAGCCUCAGAGAACGACAUUGUUCGAUACGCUGACUCGGAAACAGGGCGUAUGGCCACAUAUGGGAAAGCGUAUCCUCCAGAGUUCUACUACGACACGUACAGUCCGCUGUGGCAGAACCGGCCUAGAGUCUAUGGCUUCAAACUGCAGUGGACCCAGAUGAACCCCAACUCUGUGGAUCGCAUCGUGGCCUACCGCCUCGGCAUACGUCAGAUGGGACAACAGCGGUGGUGGGAGCAGGAGAUCACUGUGGAAGGAACCAUCACCAAGGGAGAGCUGAUCACACACAACCUGACAGAGCUUAUCAAGCCAGAGGCCUAUGAGGUGCGCCUCACCCCAAUCACACGCUUCGGAGAGGGGGACUCCACGAUCAGGAUCAUCACCUACAGUGCUCCCGUCAACCCUCACCUGAGAGAGUUCCACUGCAGCUUCGAGGAGGAGCCCAUCUGCAUGUUCACACAGGACAAGAACGACGACUUCGAUUGGACGAGACACAGCGCCGCCACCCGUGACACCAAGUACACGCCCAACACAGGGCCUAGCGGUGACCGCAGCGGAUCCAAACAGGGUUUCUACAUGUACAUCGAGACAUCCCGGCCUCGGAAGGAGGGUGAGGUAGCAAGGCUGGUCAGUCCUUUCUUCAACGUGGCGCCCAAGAACCCGUACGGCAUCACAAAUCCCCCGGCAUACUGCUUCGGCUUCUUCUUCCACAUGUACGGAAAACACAUCGUGUCCCCAAUGAAGCCUGCAGAGAAAGGGUUUGCUGUGAAGAGCUCUAAAGUGAGUCCCUUUGCUGUAUGA